AUAAGGCAAUACCUUCCCCUCUAGUCUUUUGGACUCUUCCACUUAUCCAAAAAACUCAUAUCCACUGUCUUUGUGUUGUGUGGCUUCAAAUCCCACUAAAACAUUCUUAACCUUAAAGCCCACUCUGUCUCCAUCUGAAUUUUCCGACGCAAUAUCCUCUGCAACUGUUUCAAUGAACUUGUACGGCCGAACCCAUUAAUUGCCAUUCUUCACUUCAGCAGAGAGAUUUCAAGAACAGCUGCCCGCCAAAUUUUCUCGUUCAAAUUGUCUUCUGGUUGCAUGCUCUGUUUCGGUGAACAGCUAGUGGGUACUGGGUAGGGACCAAGAUGGAGAGAUUUUCACAAAGAGAGGGCCUUCUUCUGGGCUACAGUCCUCAAAGUUUCUUCAUGAACUCUGCUUCUUCUUCGCCCAGUACUUCCAACAAAAACUCAGAUGUUGAUUUUCAUGACGUGUUUGGUGGGCCACCUAGGAGGUCAUCCAUUCAUGAAACGAGGUACAGCUUCAGCAUAGUUACAGAUAACAAUACAUUGAAAAGGGUUGUUGAUGAUGACGACGACGAAGACAAUGAAGCUUGGUCUGGUUCCACUGAGAAGCCAGUGUUUGGGGAUGAGUCUAUGAACAGAAGGAGGACCCAGAGCGAUAACUUCUUUGAUGACAUAUUUAGAGGCAAUAGCUCGGUCAGCUCCAGUCCCAGGAGGCUUCAGCGGGACCCUUUUUCUUCAGCACCAGGUUCCAGGGUCUUAAGCCCUGCCCGGCCCCUGCCCCCUAAAGCCGAGCCCUCUGCGGCUUCUUCACUGUCCAGACAAUUCAGCCUGCCUACCAGAUUAACCAAAGGGGUGGACCUGCCAACAAUUGGUUCCACUAGUCGUACUACUUCCCUUUCUAGAUUUUCAAGCCACUCAAUCCAAAGUCCUGAGGAUUUGAAAAAUGAUAUCCGAUCCCGGGAGUUUUCUGGUAGUGGUGAGGGGUGCUCAGACUUGGCCACAUCUGAUAAAGCAGACACAGGAGGCAAUUUGGAGCAGGAUUCAAAGAGUAAAGAAAGUCCAACCUCUAGCAGUCCGUUUCAAUUUCAUUUCUCAAUAUACAAGUGGGCAAGCAAAGGAGUGCCAAUUGCCAUGCCUCUUGGGCGACGGACUGGUUCAAGAGGGCAGAAAAGGACUAACAAUAAGGAACACUCAAAUACUAAUGAAUGCGCUGCUAAUGAGAGUAUGGCAAGGCAAUCACCCAAAUCCACUCUGCCUAAUAUUGAUUUUCCCUCCGAUGACCAUCCGCAUCCACUCGCGGAUGCGGAUGCGGAUGCAGAUACUAGGUCUCCCACCUUGGAACCAAACAAACAAGAAAAUGACUUGCUUCUUGAUGAAAGCGGUCCUGCUAAAGUAGAACCAUGCCAAUUUUUUGAGGAAUUAAUUCUUCCAGUAGCUGAAUCAGAACCCUUCAGCAGACUUCAUAAAACUAUUGAAGAUGUUUCUGGUAAUACGGUCUCAUGCCGUAGAAGUGAAGAUAUAGAGCCUUAUCCUUUACUUGAAACAGCUUCUGGCAAAGCCCCACAAAAAGAAAGUCCUGUGCUUUUGGAACAAGUUAGCGAGCCUGAUCUAAAACCUAAUAGUUCUUUGUUUUUUGAUGAUGAUUUUCAACAAGGCAAUGAUGAGAUAUUUAAAGUGGGUGGUAGGGUCAAAGGCACCAAAAAAUCAUCUGUAGAUGUUGGCUCUAACAAAAUUGCAAAAAAUCAGAAUGGAAAAAGGAGUUCCUUGACGAAUGUUGAUGUUGAUAAAGCUAGUUUCCAAGGUUCACCAAGGAACUCAAGAGAUAAUCUUGGAAGAAGCAAAGUUAAGGGUAAGGUCAAGGACUUUGUUAAAAUGUUCAACCAAGAAGUUUUGUGCAAACCCGCAUAUGAUGGUGACCUUGGAAGUCAGAGAUAUAAAACGAAGGAGAAAGGAGCUUUCAGAGCAGAGAAUGAAGCGAGUGUUAGCGCAGCAAGAAUGUUCGAGGACUUGCAAAAGUCCAAUGUGAAAAGCCCAUUUCUAAAUGCUUCCAUCAUGAUGAAUGAAGAUCUCAAACAGUUAGAGAAAGAAUAUUGUGAAGCAAAGACUGCUAGCUAUGUACUUAGUAAUGCUCCUGGGCAAGACGUCUCAGCAUCAAGUAGUGGAUCAGUUCCUCACGACCCCAUGGCUAUUACUGGAGAUGCAGAUGAGUGCUUCCCGGUCAAAGAAUUGACUCAAGAUGAGAAGAAACAGCCACAAGCGGGCGAAAAUCAUGAAGAAAUCCAGGCAAUUGAUGCGAAGAUACGACAGUGGUCAAGAGGAAAGGAAGGAAACAUACGCUCGUUAUUGACUACUAUGCAAUAUGUUCUUUGGCCUGAGAGCGGGUGGAAGACUGUACCACUUGUUGAUGUAAUUGAAGGAAACUCUGUGAAAAGAGCAUACCAAAGGGCUCUGCUCUGUUUACACCCAGAUAAGCUGCAGCAGAAAGGUGCUGCUUCACAUCACAAAUACAUUGCAGCCAAAGUUUUUGAUAUCUUGCAGGAAGCCUGGAAUCAUUUCAAUUCACUUGGCGCACUUUGACAAUUUGAAGUUGAAUCCGCCCGUCAGAAAAAGACACACUGGUUCAGUUCUUGUUAAUUUGAAGUGCACAUAAAUGUUUAUAUCAUUUUGAUUGCAGAUAAGCUAUAGCUAUAUAUGAUGGGCCGCAUGCUGAGCCCAUUAACAAUUUGAAGAAAGAAAGAAAUUGCCUAAAUUACCACCA